AUGUCGGCUUCCCUCCCCGGCAGCCGCGAGCUGCCCGCCUCGCAGCAUGAUCUCAGCACGUACUGGGGUCGCGUACGACACAACAUGGGCCUCACGGAUCCGAGCACCCUCCUCGUCGGCAGCACCGGUCUCGAGCAAGCAAAGGCCCUCCUCACCGACUAUAAGGAGGGAAGGAUCCCCUCCAUGACCCCCGAGCUCUGGAAGGCCAAGAAGGUCGUCGACUCGACCCUCCACCCAGAUACCGGCGAACCCGUCCUUCUCCCUUUCCGCAUGUCCGCGUUCGUGCUGAGCAACCUGAUCGUCACGGCCGGCAUGCUCCAGCCAGGCCUUGGAACGGCGGGUACGAUCGCUUGGCAAGUCGUUAACCAGUCCCUCAACGUUGCCAUCAACUCGGCAAACGCAAACAAGUCUUCCCCGCUCACCUGGCGCAAGCUGGGCGAGUCUUACGCCAUGGCAGUCUCCGUCUCAUGCGGUGUCGCCGUCGGCCUGAACAAACUUGUUCCGCGCCUGCGUAACCUCACCCCGGCCACCCGUACGACCCUCACCCGCCUCGUACCCUUCGCCGCUGUCGCCUCGGCCGGUUUCCUCAACGUCCUCCUCAUGCGUGGCGAAGAGAUGCGGACCGGAAUUGACGUCUUCCCGGUCAUCUCUGACGCCGAGCGCGCCGGCGCCCGCAAGGAGAACUCGGAGGGUGAGGCCGCUGGGCAGCCCCAGUCCCUCGGCCGUAGCAAGAAGGCUGCGCAGAUCGCCGUUGGCGAGACCGCCGCCAGCCGUGUCUUCAACUCGACGCCCAUCAUGGUCAUCCCGCCCCUGGUACUGGUCCGUCUACAACAGCAGCAAUGGCUGAAGCAGCGCCCACGACUCGUGGUACCCAUCAAUCUCGGUCUCAUUCUGGUGACGAGCUACGCGGUCCUUCCGCUGGCCUUGGCCGUCUUCCCCCAACGGCAGAGCAUCAGCGCCGACAAGUUGGAGCCCGAGUUCCACGGCCGCGGCGGGGAAGGUGGUCUCGUCGUGUUCAACAGGGGUAUAUAG